AUGCUUUCUUCACCCGUAUUCCGUCUUCUUGUUCUAAUCGCUUCGGCGACCCUUUCUUUUGCUACCAUGAAUCAAAACACUCUCUCUGCUUGGGGCCCAUGCGAUCCUACAGUCAUCCAGAACCCCAUUCUGACAUGCGCCACCUUUGAUGUCCCACUCGACUACCUCGGCGGAUCCGCCGGUCGCGCUCAGCUCGCACUCGUCAAGGCCAACGCUACUGCGGAGCCUCGCCUUGGCACCGUCUUCUACAACCCAGGCGGGCCAGGUGUCUCUGGUCUGUCCGACCUGAACGGCAGCGCCGGCUUUUUGCUCAACUACACCGGUGGCCACUACGAUGUCGUCAGCUGGGAUCCACGCGGUACUGGGAUCUCAAACCCUGGGAACAUCCUGUGCUUCGACACCAUCGACGAAGUCAGCGAUAUUUUCUCUGGCUCGGUCACUGCGAACGGUGCAGAGUAUACCGGCAACUUCACCGACAGCGGAGAUCUCGAACGAUUCUUCGGACAAGUGGACAUCGUCCAACAGAAGUAUGAGGAGAUCGGACAACGCUGUCUCGAUAAGUACGGAGACACCUUGAAGUUCCUUGGAUCGGCCUACACCGCGCGCGACCUUGUCGCCAUGACGGAUGCCAUAGAAGGUGCUGGGAGUCCCAUCAACUUCGUUGGAAUCUCGUACGGGACGUUCCUCGGAAACAUCCUCAUCAACAUGUUCCCGGAGCGUGUCGGCCACAUUAUCCUCGACGGUGUCGUCAAUCCGUUCAUGCUGACACAGACGGAUCUCGCUCUGUCGUGGGGCCAAUUCAACGUCGAAGCCGAUAACGUCUACCGCGGCCUCGUCGCCGGAUGCGCGCUCGCGGGCCCCAGUGGCUGUCCGAUUUCUACCGCCAGCGGACAAACUCCGAACGAGGUGCACGGGAUAAUGACCGCUAACCUUCAAGCCGCACACGACGCGGCGGUCGCGAACCCGUCCACUCAAGUCACAUCAUCGCUCCUUCGCAUUAUCCUGUACCUGUCGUUUUUCAAUCCGCCCAGCUGGGCCCAGGUAGCACAGCAAUGGGUUGAGGCCGUCGCGCAGAUCGGAGGGGAUUCGCCAUCCAAUGGAACCUCAUCCGCUACCGCCCAACUGGCAAGUGCCUCCAUGCUCAGCAGUGCGAUGGGCAAGUUUGCCAUGCGGCACAGACUUCGGCCGCAGCGCCGCCAGGAGUCCGCCAAUGUGAGCGGGAUCAGUCUCGGAGAGAUGCCGGUGGUGGCGAUCGGCUGCGGCGACGACAUCGACGCCCUUCCGAACGUGACGAUGAGGGAUGUCUUCGAAGGCGUCGUCAACACGACCCGCAACAUCUCGCACAUGACCGGCGGGGUGUGGCAGACGCACGCCUAUGGCUGCAACCUGUGGCCCGUGCGUGCGGCCGAACGCUUCGAAGGACCGUUCAACAGCACGCUCGCGAACCGCGUGCUCGUCGUUGGAAACACUUUUGACCAAGUCACGGCGUUCUCCUCUGCGAAGCUCGUGGCCGAGAUGUUGGGUGACCAGGCGACGCUGGUGCGAUUGAACGGGUUCGGGCAUACCUCCUUCGGCGCGCGCUCGGCAUGUUUGGUCGACAUCACAAGCACGUACAUGGCGAACGGUUCGCUUCCCCUGGGUCAGGAUAUCGUCUGCGAAGUCAAUGAGGACUUGGAACUCUUCCCGGGGGUGAACACGCAGGCGAUCUUGGCCGCAAUGGGGAGCGUGGAUCUCUGA